AUGAGUGUCUUCUCAUUCGGGGAUCUGCCCACCAUCCAGACCCGAAAGGCCUUGUUACUACUUGACUUUCAAAAUGACUUUGUCCGUCCGUCCGGGGCUUUACAUGUCCCCAAUACACCAGAUAUCCUCGAGACCCUUCCACAGCUGGCAUCUGCAUUCCGUCGAGUCGGCGAUGUAGUUUGGGUGCGCUCACGAUAUGAAUCCCCUCAGACUAUCGUCGACUGGAACUUUGGUGAUCGCAUUGUGCUAGACAGAGAGCCACCCCGCAGAAAGGAGAUGCCCACCUCGGAUAUAAUUGAAGUUGCGUCGGACCAUGAUUCGCCAGAACCUGUUGACCAGGAAGCUUUUCUCUCCGCCGACUCUUCGCUAUGCUGUGAUCCGCAUACCCCGGGAUAUCAGUUCCCCGCACCGAUUCUGGCCGCCAUCAACGCCCAGCAUGACAUUGUAGUCGACAAAACAGGUUACUCCGCCCUGGAGUCCCCCGGCCUUGUGCUAUCCUUCAGGACACACUUUGUGACCGAGUUGUAUCUUUGUGGCUCGUUGUCCAAUGUCUCUGUGUUUGCGACCGCUUUGGAUGCUGUCCGCAACGGGUUUUCAGUAACUCUUGUGGAGGAUUGCUUGGGUUUCCGCGAUUUUCAGCGGCAUCAAGAAGCAAUGCGACGUAUGGCAGAUAUCUUGGGAGCGACUGGUAUCACCGCUCGGGAGCUCAUUCAGGAGCUAGAUUGGGAUGAGACUGAGACAAUUGCCCGCCAAGGCGCACCGCAGUCUAAGAGGUCAGCCGCUACGGCUGGCCUCGAGAGCGUCAUGGAUGGUCUGGAAUUCUGGAAUACUGCGGACACCUCUCCCACAGAUGGCCCCGAACCUGCUCGUUCUUCUCGCGCACAGCGCGCUACUCCUGCGCAGGCGCGGGGUCCAGUAGAAGACCAAAAGAAGGUCCGCGUGCGUGCCCGUCGUCCGAAGCGCCGGGAAGGUCCAAAAGAACCUUCAGCCAGACCUCGGGCUGACCCCGAUGGGACGAUAACACCUUCAAAAUCCGCGGAAAUACCAACCACAUCCCAAAAUAACAUCGGGGAGGGCGACUCGCGCCUCGUGAACAAUCUUAACUUGGCCGCAGACUCCUUUGAGCGUAUACAUGCCGAGGUAGAUUGGCAGAAGAUGUACCAUCUGUCGGGUCAGGUUCCCCGAUUGGUCGCAGUCCAGGGUCAACCUCGACCCGAUGGAGCCAUACCCAUAUACCGUCAUCCGGCAGACGAGUCUCCACCCUUCAAGCCAUUUACCUCCGCGGUUGAUGAAGUCCGCAUAGCUGUCGAGCGAAUACUAGGCCACCCCUUGAAUCAUGUGCUUAUUCAGCUUUACCGUGAUGGACAGGAUCGUAUAUCAGAGCACUCAGAUAAGACGCUGGAUAUUGUGCGAGGGUCUUUCAUCUGCAACGUCAGUCUAGGCGCCGAGCGCGUGAUGGUUCUCCGUACCAAGACCUCGGCAUCUGAGCCUGAUGGAGAAAUUGAACCAUGUCGGACAACGCAGCGCGUGCCUCUUCCUCACGGGUCACUUUUCGUUCUCGGCCCAAAGACAAACAUGCGAUGGCUUCAUGGAAUCCGGGCCGACAAACGGCCCAAUCCAACUAAAUCUGCCGAGGAGCAAGCCUACGGCGGCCAGCGCAUUUCCCUUACUUUCCGUCAUAUUGGCACUUUCAUCGACCCUGUGGCCAACACAAUCUGGGGACAAGGGGCUGUCAGUAAGAAAUUGGAUCACACUCGCGCUGUGGUCCACGGGGAUCCUGCUGCAACUGCACGUCUCAUUGGUGCUUUUGGCCAGGAAAAUCGUGCCACCGAAUUCGAUUGGGAUGCCGUCUACGGUGAAGGCUUUGACGUGGUCAACUUUGUGACUACAGCAACAGGCCAACUAUUACUUGGCUGUGAUCUUGUGGCCAAUUUGCGUGUUCGUCUCUGUCUGGGGGAAAACGGCGUCCGGUAUCAAUUGAUCACCAACCAUGAGCAACUGGGAGCUAGAGAUAGUGAUCCAACGACACUGCCAAUAUAUGAAACGGGUGAUGGAGAAAUAAUCGCGGGCGACUCCGUUUUCCUAGCGCACAUGGCUAACCGAUCCACUGAGACCUUACGGCCAGGCGUGGAUUCGUUACGCGGGGGCAGUUUAUUGCCAACGAUCGACCAGUUUCUGGCACGCUGGCGUCGGCACUGUGCCACCAAUCCAGCCAGUGGGUUUGAAUACGGGAUUGAGGAUUGGGAGUGUACUCUGCAGGGAAAACAUUACCUAGGAGGCUCCGUGUUUACCAUCGACGAUUGCUCUCUAUGGCCAGUUCUGCGCGAGAUUGUACAGACCCAGGGUGCAUUUGAUGCUCGUUUUGUGAACGUGAAUCAAUAUUAUCACCGAGUCGAAAACCGGGGCAUCGUUCGGUCUAUUCUGGAGGAAUGA